CAUAGCAGCGAAUGAAAAGAGGCAGGAAAAUUUCGAAAAAGCGCUUGCAUUUUGUUUGCUGUCAAUCAGAAGUUUUAAAUUUUCUUCAACAUAUCGUCGAGUAGGCCUAGUGCGUUGAAGUGUAAAUUAAAAACGUAUAGCGUACUUACAAGAAUACAGUGCAAUUUGCUUUGAAGUGGUUCGCCUUGCGCCAGUUUCUUUCAUAGAUCUUCGCUUUGAUUUUCCCCUGUUUUUGUGCAGGUGUGAAAAGCAAGCAUUCCAACAACAAGUCCUUUGCACGCACCAACCUAACAACAACAAGCAACGCACAUUGCAGAUAAGUGUGAGUGCAACAGCGAUAUAACGUUUGUUUUGAUUAGAUAAAAGCCAAACGUUUCGGUUUCUUGAACAAUAGGGUAACGCUGCCGAUUAAUUUACGCGAGGUGUGGUGAAUUUAUAACAAUGCAGAAGUGCCAGCAGCAGUCAUCGCCUUCUAACCAAUGACUUUUCCCCGAAGUGCGUAAAUGAAACAACUUUCUGUUCGAGUUUCAAGCAUUUGACAUUUGGGCUUAUACGCGAACAAGGUGAUAAAGUGUAGAGAAACGAAAGUUGGCGUUUAUAAAAGAAAAAAAAAAAUCUACAGAAAAACGUUGAAAAUAGGAGAAAAACAAUUGCAAUCAAAAUAAAACCAUCGCGCCGCAUAAAUUUGGACGCCGCACAAUAGUGGCAAUUUUGCAGCAAGUCAAGUUGGAGUUGAAGCGUGAGAAAAAAGUGCUAGAACGUAGAGUCGAUGUAUUUGCGAAUACAGGAGCCGGCCAUUAGAACUUGGAAGCGCAUUACAAAUUUGGUGAAUACGCUUUGGAACAGAUUAUAUCUACCUGCUUCGCCGUUUUUAGCGCUCACAUAUCCAGCUUCACCAAUCAACUUGCCCGAGAUGCCAAGGACACGCAGACGUCAUCAUUCCCAUGAUCGUUCAUCAGGUGCCCAUAGGGAUAAGCGUAGACGUGUCGAUUCUGAAGAGACAUCACCUUUGAAAACGGAUGCGUCAUCACCACCACGCGCAAGAUAUACACGAUCGGAUGCCAAAAAACGACAUCAUGAGUCAGACGUCAGUUCGCAUGUAUCAAAGGACUCAUCCUUUGAUCGUUCAUCGCGACGUCGCAAGGAACGCUCCAAACGUUCACACCGUAAGUCACCCACAUCGGGUAGGCGUGCCCAUAAAUAUCGUUACAGAGAUGAGACCUCCAAUUCGAGCUCACGCCGGCGCCAUCGGGACCGUGCCAAGGGCGCUGAUGAGCGUGAUGCGGGGCGUAAUAAUCGGCGCUCACAUUCUAAGACAGCAAAGCCCGUCAUACAAGAUGAUGCUGAUGGCCACUUGAUAUAUCACAACGGCGACAUUCUUCAUCACAGAUACAAAAUCAUGGCAACUCUGGGCGAGGGUACAUUUGGACGCGUUGUCAAGGUCAAGGAUAUGGAAAGGGAUUUCUGCAUGGCCUUGAAGAUCAUCAAAAAUGUGGAGAAAUAUCGUGAAGCUGCCAAGCUGGAAAUAAACGCUUUGGAAAAGAUCGCCCAAAAAGAUCCACAUUGCGAACAUUUGUGUGUAAAAAUGAUUGAUUGGUUCGACUACCAUGGUCACAUGUGCAUCGUUUUUGAGAUGUUAGGUUUAAGCGUGUUCGAUUUCUUGCGCGAGAACAACUAUGAACCAUAUCCAUUGGAACAAGUACGACACAUGGCCUAUCAAUUAUGUUACUCAGUGAAAUUUUUACAUGAAAAUCGUUUAACGCACACUGAUCUUAAGCCUGAAAAUAUACUCUUUGUGGAUUCGGAGUAUACAACGCACUACAAUCACAAAAUUAAUCGUGAAGUGCGUCGCGUCAAAAACACCGAUGUUCGCCUAAUCGAUUUCGGUUCAGCUACAUUCGAUCAUGAGCAUCACAGCACAAUUGUAUCGACACGUCACUACCGUGCACCGGAAGUUAUUCUAGAAUUGGGUUGGUCGCAGCCCUGUGACGUUUGGUCAAUUGGCUGCAUACUCUUCGAAUUAUAUCUGGGCAUCACACUCUUCCAAACGCACGACAAUCGUGAGCAUCUCGCGAUGAUGGAGCGUAUAUUGGGCCAAAUACCAUAUCGUAUGGCACGCAAAACAAAAACAAAAUACUUCUAUCACGGUAAGUUGGACUGGGAUGAGAANCGUCUGAUUUUUGGCCAAUACGCCAAGCGUAUUGCAAAACCUUUAGCCGAGUUUCAGUUCUUUCAAGGCAAACUAAUCCAUUUUACAUCAAUAAUAUUACUAAUCUAUUUUCUAUUUCAUUACUCUUCCUCUCUAGGUGAUGCGCUACGACAUCCAUUCUUCGACAAGCUUCCACCGCACCAACGCGUUGGCGACGUCGGCAACAAUAAGCAGGCCGUCUCUUCGGGCAGCAGCAGCAGUCGUGAACGUUCGCAUAGCUUGUCAAGAUGAGAUUUAGCGCGAUUUGGUUAUUGUUAAUUAAAAUUAGAAUUGCAACAAGGAACAACAGAGAAAUAGAAGAAGGAACAACACGAACUACAAAUAUACAAACAAAAUAUAUGGUGCAGCAAUGAGUAGAGAGAACAAAACGCAGGACUUAGGCGCAACCAGCAAACAACAGGUGAUGAUGACAAUGGUGCAGCGCAACAACCACCGUACCAGAAUCAAACUUUGGUGAAGAGAAAAAGACAAGACUUCUUCAUCAUCACACAAUGUCAACCACAAUUAGGUAGCAGUGAAAAUAGCAACAACACACUUCCAUAAACUAACUAAAUUAUAGAAAAAAAAAAUUCGCAAGCAUACAAUAACAAUAGUAAGGAACACAAAUAACUUAUAUACAGCAACAAUUAGAAGCAGACAGACAUACAUACAAGUUCAAGGUUGUACUAUAUAACAUAGGUACAAGCGCAAUUAAUAUUGCAGGUACUUUUUAUAAAAGUAUAAUUUCCUUUUUUGCAUGCAACUCAACAUCUUUGCUAUGCUAAAGAAAUCGUAGAAACUGCGAAAAGAGCUGAGCAAUUUAAAGCGCUACACAUGCACAACCAAAUUUGGCGAAAAUAGAAAAAAAAA